AUGAAGUUUCUCGCUCUCGUCAUCGCCGCUCAGCUCGCUACCGCGCUGCCUCUAGCUAAGGAGGCCGCCUGCGAUGGCUCUGAUGUCCUUUGUCAACUCACCAAUCCUGUCCAAGAGCAGGUUGACAACGCUCCGGUUCGCAGCCUCAACAGGCGCGACGAGAUUGAGGACGCUCUUUCCGGCAUCGACAUGUCUGACAUGCCUGAGAAGGGAGAGCCCAUCCCUGCUCGCCCAAGCAAGCGCGACACCGUCACUCCUUCUGCUGAAGAUGUCUCCGAAGCCGCCCCAGACGUGUAUCAGGAGACAUACAACAUGAAGCCCGAGGUGACAGAGGUGACCGAGGAGUCCUACCACGAUGUUCUCCCUGAACUGUCAGACAGUCUGAGCAAGAGGGGUCUUUUCGACGACCUAAGCCUUGACAAGACUCUCCCUGAGUUCGAGGACUCUUACGAGGAGACCGUGCCUGAGGUCACCAGCGCCGCUUACCAGGCCAUGCCUACACCUGCUGAGGCCGCCUACGGUGCUCUUCCCACCCCCGCUGAUGUGUACGAGGCUGCUCCCACUCCCAGCGAGGUCUACAACGUUGCUCCCGUCAAGCCCAGCAACGUCUACGUCCCUACUCCCACCAAGGAACCUACCUACGAGGCUCUUCCCACUCCUGUCAAGGACACCUACGAGGCUGCCCCCGUUGAGGACUCCUACGACUCCCUCGGCGACUCCCUCGACUUGGACCUGGGUUUCCGCAAGAACUAG